UCUUGACUUCCUGACCUUGGGCUUCGGCUGGUCCUUGUCCUUGGUCACUCCGCGCCGUCAUGUCUUCCCUGACGCCGCUGCUGCUGAGGAGCCUGACCGGCCCGGCCCGGCGGCUUAUGGUGCCGCGGGCUCAGGUCCACUCGAAGCCGCCGCGGGAGCAGCUCGGGGUCCUGGAUAUCACCAUUGGGCUCACUUCCUGCUUCGUGUGUUGUCUUCUACCUGCGGGCUGGGUCCUGUCACACCUGGAAAGCUACAAGAAGCGGGAGUGAAGGGAGCGUCUUCCCUCAUCCUUUGACUAGACCACUCUUGCCAGCCCACCUUGAUCAUGUUUCCUGCAUUCCUGGCUGGCUUACCCUGGGAUCAUGUUAUUCAAUUCCAGUCACCUCUUCUGCAAUCAUGACCUCUCGAUGUCUCCAUGGUGACAACUGGGACCACAUAUAUUGGUUCUGCUUGAUGGGGUCCCCCUUUGUAACAAUAAAGUCUAUUUAAACCUUG